AUGAUAUGCACACACCCGUUCAGCCUAUGGCCUCUCCACGUAAAGCUCUUCACUGAAGAAGCUGUGAGACACUGGGCCAAGUUUGAUAAAGAGAGCGGGGUUCAGACCGUCUCGUUUGAGGGCUGUUCUGAGGAGUUGAAGAGGAAUUUGAGGUUGUUGGUCGCGGAUGGGAAUGGGUCGGGCAAAGGGAAGGGAAAGGCGAAAGCAGUGGCUGACGGGUCGUCGGGGGAUGAGACGGCAGUGGUUGGACAAAGGUUUCCACCUGGGUUCGUGUGUACAAUCGAGCUGGAAGGCGUGGAUGGGAGGUCAGGGCACCCCUUGGGAUCGGGGAGGAUUGGUCCUGUAGAUGAUACUGAUGAGGCUUUCAAAGCUCGAAUACUGGCGAAGAACACCACCUUGAUCGCCUCUGGCAAAGUACCAUCUUGCGCAAUUUGCACCAAACCGGUUGAUACUUAUGCAAAGGAACCGUUUACAGCCGCACUCUGCCCACACGGCUCGUGUAAAAGCGUAUCGCACAUUGAGUGCCUAUCCAGUUCCUUCCUCGCCGCAUCCUCUCAGUCAUCCUCCAGUAACACCUACUCGUCGACUCUUCUUCCCAGAGGUGGCAACUGCCCUUCAUGUGGCGCAUACACCUUAUGGGGUGAUAUCAUCCGCGCCUGUGAUAGACGCUCGACAGGGACAGUCGAUGGCCACAACAUUCCCGAGGACGAAGACGACUUGUAUACAGAGGAUGAAGAGGUACAUCUGGAGGUUGAAGAGGGUAGUAUCGAUGAAGGGCUUCUGGGGAUGAUGAACGGGCUUACUUUGGGUGCAACCUCAUCACCGACAAAGAGGAGAGGGAGGCCGCCCAAGGCUGCGAAGAGUCCCUCUGCGUCCCCUAAGAGGCGGGUUCGUCCUCCAAAGGCCUCCCCAAGCCCCUCCCCAUCCCCAAAGAGGAGAGGCCGUCCUCCCAAGGUGGCAGCGUCGGUUCCCGCUCCGGUCGCUACUCCUCCAAAAAGGCGAGGCCGACCACCAAAGACCGUAUCUGCUUUACAACCAAAAGCUGCUUCAGGGGAAGAGUUUGACUUUUCUGGUGUAUCAGGCUCUACUUCGGGCUCGAGCGAGGCGGGGAAUGUUCGUCCCUCACCACAGAAGCGGAGAGGACCUGGACGACCGCCAGGCAGCCUGAAUAAGAAGAAAACCCGGUCCAAGGAGGGAACUGGAGACAAGGUUACGUCGCCGAGGGCGAAAGUCACCAAGGCUUCUGCAAACACUAGAAACGGGAAAGCCGCUGUCCUCGAUUCUAAUUCAGAUUCGGACUCGGCAUCUUAUGGGACGGCCAUGGAGGACUUCCUCUCCCAACAGAGGAAACCUGGUCGUCCACGAUCGCGACCCCCUGCUUCAUCCACUUCGUCACUGCCUUCGACAUCCUCCUUGAUGACUCCCUCGCCAACCAAGCGAAGAGGCCGCCCACCACGCACGCCACCUCCAUCUUCAAGAGGCUACAGCAAAGAAAGCGGUAUACUCAUCUCGUCAGAUUCCGACUCAGACUCUUCUCCGUCCUUCGAUCUCCCUGAUCUAGGCAACCUUUUGGCGUCGCUGAACUUGAGGACACCAAGCAGGAAUGCGGCAGCAACAGGGGGUUCAGCGCCUGUUUCGCCCGUCUCUAUUUUGGGUUCGCAUUAUCGCGUCACACCCCAACAUUUGAGGAUCGGUGCGGUCGUUUUUGAUGUCGACCAGGAGAGGGAAGUUAUUGAUAUUUCUGAUUGA